AUUCAAUCUCAAACAAAAACACAAGAAGAAACAAACAGAAAUGGCUAGGAGACAAUCAAUUGCUGGAUCUAUUGCUCCUAUUUACGAGGAUUUCCAGCCCAAAUCAGAAUGGAAGGAAGAACAAGGAGCUCAUCUUCUAUCUGUUCAUCUUCCUGAUUUUUCCAAGGAGCAGGUUCGGGUUAUUUAUGUUGACUCCACGCGUACCGUUAGAGUUCAAGGAGAAAGGCCACUUGGGACCAACAAAUGGAGUCGAUUCAAUCGGACCUUCGAUGUUCCACAAAAUUGUUCCACGCAAAAACUUCAUGGCAAGUUUCACGAAGGAAUUCUGACCAUCAUUAUCCCAAAACAGAUCACCGAGCCACCGCAGCCUGCCGCUGUUCGUAAACAAGAAGGACCAAAGAUUACACCUAAAGAAAAAGAAUCCCCUUCAGUUCCAGCUCCUCCCCCGAAAGAACCGUCUCCUUCAAAAGAACCUUCUCCAAUAGCGGCACCUCCUCCAAAGGUACCCUCUUUAGUAACCCCGCCUGCUUCAAAGGUACCCUCUUUAGCAACGGCUCCUCCUUCAAAAAAACCGUCUCCAGUUGCGGCGCCUCCUCCAAAAGAACCUUCUCCGGUGGCGGCGCCUCCUCCUCCUCCUCCUCCUCCAAAAGUACCCUCUCCAGUAACGGCGCCUCCUUCAAAACCAGCUGCCCCUGCUCCGCUUCCACAAGGAGAAAGUACAGGAAAAGACCAGGAAACUUCGCCUGCUUUUCAAACCCCACAAAAAUCCAUAAGAGAGCCAAACGGUCCGGAGCAGGGAGAUACCUCCACGAGAGCAACUUCAAAGCAGAGCACUGAGAAGGAGGAUUCACAAACUAAGGAUAAGGAGAGAAAGGUUGGCGCUCCUUCAAACGCUCCACAUGAUUCCAAACCCCUGAAACAAGAUGAAACCCCUCCCCCGUUUGAAACUAGAUUCAUCCAAACGGCUAAGAAAAUGAAGAGCGUGGCUUGGGCGACGAUGAAGACUGCAUUGGAGAAGAGGGAAGAUCGGCAUUUGAUCGUUAAUGUGGGUGUGGCGGUUUUGGUGCUUGUGGCAGUUGGGGCUUAUGUCACCUACAAAAUUCGAUCAUCUGCAAAACCAAAAAAUUAAUUUAUUUUAUGAUGUCAAACAUUAAAAAAAAAAAAAUUCCGAAAUGUUGCGGAGGAAGUAUAGUUGAUCUUUUUACACUGAAAAAUACAGUUUCUUUGAAUAU